CCCACCACAACCUCUCUUCCUCUCAUUCUUGAAUAUAUAUAUAUAUAUAUGGAACCAGAAAGAAAAGUCGAUCAUGAAAUUGAUUUUGAUUUUACAAAAUUACCACCCUCUCAAUGGGGUGACUACUUACUCACUGUGACCAUCAAUGACUCGGAUCUUGAUGCUCUUGCAAAAAAAAUUGAGGUACUAAAGCCUAAAGUGAGGGACAUGCUCAGUUUGUAUUCCAAAGAUGAUGACGAGGAGACAAAGAGGACAGUUCUGUUUAUCCAUUUGCUAGUCAGUCUUGGUCUGGCUAUUCAUUUCGAGAAUGAGAUUGAACACAGAUUGAAAGUUGCUUUCGACAACAUAGAGGGCUUAAUAGCGGAUGAGAAUGACCUGUACACGAUUUCUAUCAUGUUCCGAGUUUUCAGAACAUAUGGUCACAACAUGUCAUCAGAUGUGUUCAGAAGAUUCAAAGAAGAUGAUGGGAAAUUCAGCAGAUGUCUAAUAGAGGAUUUUAAAGGUAUGCUAAGCUUUUAUGAAGCACUGCACUUCAGAACAACAACGGAUAAUAUCUUGGAUGAAGCAUUAAGCUUCACAUUGAGCCACUUGGAGCCAAUAGCUAUAGGUCAAUUAGCAAGUCCAGCACACAUUUCAAGGCUUAUACAAAAAGCGCUUCACAUACCUCAACGCCGGAACAUUGAAGCACUGGUUGCACGGGAGUAUAUUUCAUUUUAUGAACAAGAAGAGAACCACAAUGACACGCUACUCAAGCUAGCAAAGCUCAAUUUCAAGUUCUUACAGCUUCAUUACUUCAAAGAGCUACAAACAAUCACAAUGUGGUGGAGAGAACUAGAUCAUACGCUGAAUUUCCCGGCUAAAUUCAGAGAAAGAACAAUCGAGAAUUGGUUAUCGGCAUUAAUGAUGUACUUUGAGCCCCAGUUUUCACUUGGGAGAAUUAUGUCGGUAAAGUUAUACCUAGCAAUCACAUUUCUUGAUGAUGCCUGUGAUUCAUAUGCUUCUGUGGAAGAAGUUAUGAAUCUUGUUGAUUGUAUAGAAAGAUGGGAUCCUCAUUACAUGGGGAAGCUUCAAGUUCACAUGAAGACGGCCUUCAAAUUGGUGAUGUGCGUGUAUAAAGAGUAUGAAGAUGUAUUGAGCUCACAAGGAAGAUUGUUUGUCAUGGAGGAAAUGAUAGAAGAGUUCAAGAUAAUUGUGAGGGAAAACGUCCAAUUUGUCAAAUGGGCACGAGGAGAUUGCAUACCUAGCUUUGAUGAGUACAUAAAGUCUGGUGGAGCUGAAAUUGGUUCGUAUGCAACCAUAAGUAGCACGAUUAUGGGACUUGGGGAGAUUGCUAAGAAGGAAGAUUUCAAGUGGCUAAGAUCUAGACCAAAAGUCGUCCAAGUUCUAGCCGCAAAGGCUCGUCUCAUGGAUGACAUUACCGACUUUGAGGAGGAUAUUGCUAAAGGUUACACUGCAAACGCACUCAACUAUUAUAUAAAACAAUAUGGAGUUACCAAAGACGAAGCCAUAAAAGAGUUUUAUAAGAUGAUUACAGAUAUCAACAAGAUCGUUAACGAGGAGUGCUUGAAGACUUCUCACAUCUCUCGUCGAGUUCUUACCCAAAUCAUCAAUUUCGGACGCUUAGUAGAUGGUCUAUAUACGUCUGACGACGUCUUUAACAACCGCGAAGGCAUGCUCAAGGAGUAUAUCAAAACUUUGCUCGUAGAUCCAAUACAUCUUUAGAGCCUAGAUUGGGGAAAUAAGUUUAUAAAUUUCCUCUAAAUUUCUUUUGGAUUUCGCAUGAAAUGUGUGUUUAUGAAGACAAUGUUUCUUUUUGUUAGUAUUUCUUUCGCAUCUAAUGCAGAUGCAUAUCCUUCUCCAGUCAGCAUAAUAUUUUGUUGGUGUUCGAUGUGUUCCAUAAA